AUGGCUUCUCUCUGGAUACGCGAUGGAAUCGCGACCAACACCACCGAAGCGCUGGCAGCAUGUACGCCGGCGGUGCCCGGCAAAUACGGCAACGUGCCCAUAGACGCUUGUAAUUCGCUUUACAUGUACGAGCCGAACUUUUCCUCAGCAGUGGCGUUUACAGUUUUGUUCACGCUGAUCACACUGGUCCAAAUCGUCGAAGCGAUUUCCUUUCGGAAAGGUUUCUGCUGGACAAUCAUCAUGGGUGCAUUCUGGGAGGCUGCUGCUAUGGCCUUCCAUGCGCUCGGGGCCCGCGACCAGCAGAAUCAGGCAUACGCCGUUGCCCAUACGCUGGUCUUUCUCUUAGCUCCAUUAUGGAUCAACGCAGCCGUCUACAUGACAGCCGGCCGCCUCGUCCACUUCUACCUCCCCGAAAGACAGAUCUUCAAGAUCAAAGCGCCCUUGCUGGCAAGGUACUUUGUCCUCGCAGACAUUCUGGGCUUCAUCCUUCAAGGCAUUGGCGGCGUGAUGCUUUCGCCCGGCGCGAGCAAGGAGACCAUGGAGCAAGGCCUGAACUGGUACAUGGCUGGUAUCGCGACGCAGGAGUUUUUCAUCUGCGUCUUCACAGUCAUUGUGCUCGCCUUUCAUAUGAAGAUGUGGAAGCUGGAGAGGCAUGGGGCUAUGCUUGAGGGCAGGGAUGGGACGUGGAGGUGGAUGGUGUGGACGAUUUAUGGUGUUUUGGCGCUGAUUACCGUCCGCAUAGCAUACCGCCUCGCCGAAUUUGCCGGCGGUUUCGUCCCAUCGAACCCGCUUCCCUACGACGAGGUCUACAUGCUUAAUUUGGAUGCCCUACCGAUGCUCCUAGCCUUGACGUUGUUCUGCGUGAAAGCGGCGAAGAAGGCCGCGAGGGAACAGGAGCUGGACAUGUGGAGGACGGCGGAAGCUGGAGCUGCGCAACCAUCUGGAAACUCCACUUUUGCUUUCCACAAGCCGGGCGUUCCGGUAAAAGCCGCUCAACGGCAGGCCGGCACGCAGUGGAUUUGA